AUGACUCAUAUAUUACAAAUACAACAACGUGGCAAAGUCUAUGGUUUUAUAACAAAUAUUAACAGUAUAAGAUUUUAUUGUGCUAAGCAGGAAAAUGAUACAUCGAUUGUUUAUUAUCAAAGUCAAUACUUCCAAAUGUUUGAUGGUUCACCUAAAACAUUACUAUCAUCAUUUGUUAAUCAAAUAAAUACAAGUGCACCAACAAGAUAUUUUAAUGAAGCAACACUGAAAAUGUUUAUAAACUUUUUAACAAUGGAUACGAACUUUUAUGGAUACACAACAUUAAAUAUAAAUACUGAUGACUAUUUAUAUGAUGAUAUAUUUCAUAUUAAAAUGGGAUUAGGAAAUGGUGCAACUUCAUUCGUUUAUUUAUUAGCAAAUAAUAAUAAAUUAAUUAAUAAUCCAAUAUGUUCUAUAAUAAAAAUUUCUAAACAUGAUAAAUAUUGGGGUGUGGGUGUGGGUGGUUUUCCUCAUAAAUUAUCAACUCGAAAUGUUUCAUCAUCUGUUGGUCUUAUUAACACUAUUUCUCAUGAAAACCACCAAUAA